AUGGCUCAAUGCCAGACUUGGAUUAUCACUUGCUUUUGUCUUCAGCUACUCCUACUUAAUCCUCUUGUCAAAGCCCAAAGUUCCUGCGGGAAUCCAGUGACAGAUGAUGUGAAUGACAUUGUAAAAUUGGUUGGAAAUCUCCCAAAUGAUUAUAUGAUAACCCUUAAAUAUGUCCCGAAGAUGGAUAGCCUGCCUAAUCACUGUUGGUUGCAUUUGAUGGUGCCUGCAUUUUCAAGGAGUCUGCAUAAUCUUCUCCAGAAGUUUUCAGAUAUUUCAGAUAUGUCUGAUGUUUUAAGCAACUAUUCAAUCAUCAAUAAACUCACAAGGAUAAUUAAUGAUCUUAUGGCAUGUCUAGCUUUUGAUAAAAAUAAGGAUUUUGUAAAUGAAAAUGGUCACCUUUAUGAAGAAGGUCGCUUCAUUCCUGAGGAUUUUUUUAGGCACUUUAAUAAUACCAUUGAAGUCUACAAGGAGUUUGCAGACAAGUUGGAUAAGAAUGACUGCAUUCUACCUUCAACAGUAGAAACACCAGAGAAUGGUAAGAUAGCUAUAAUUUUGUGGAACAGAAUCUAA